AUGGGGGAAACAGACCGGGGAACUCAGAUAGGGGGGCAGACAGGGGUGACUCAGACCGGGGAAUUCAGACAGGGGGACUCAGACCGGGGGAACUCAGACCGGGGACCUCAGACCGGGGAACUCAGACAGGGGGACUCAGACCGGGGAACUCAGACCGGGGAACUCAGACAGGGGGACUCAGACCCGGGGAAUUCAGACAGAGGGGAAAAUAGACCAGGGGGAAAACAGACCAGGGGAAAACAGACCAGGGAAAACAGACCAGGGGAAAACAGACCAGGGGAAAACAGACCAGGGGAAAACAGACCAGGGGAAAACAGGGGGACCAGACCGGGGGAACUCAGACCGGGGGACUCAGACAGGGGGACUCAGACCGGGGAACUCAGACCGGGGGAACUAGGACCGGGAAACUCAGACAGGGGGGAACUCAGACAGGGGGACUCAGACCAGGGGGAACUCAGACAGGGGGACUCAGACCAGGGAAUUCAGACAGGGGGUGACUCAGACAGGGGGACUCAGACAGGGGGACUCCAUCCCCCAAGAGGAGAGGAAGGAACCCAUCCCCCAGGAACCCAUCCCCCAAGAGGAGAGGAAGGAACCCAUCCCCCAGGAACCCAUCCCCCAGGAACCCAUCCCCCAGGAACCCACCCCCAGGAACCCAUCCCCUCAGGAACCCAUCCCCCAGGAACUCACCCCCUCAGGAACCAAUCCCCCAGGAACCCACCCCUCAGGAACCCAUCCCCCAGGAACCCAUACCCCCAGGAACCCAUCCCCCAGGAGGAGAGGAAGGAACCCAUACCCCCAGGAACCCAUCCCCCAGGAACUCACCAGGAACCCAUCCCCCAGGAACCCACCCCCAGGAACCCAUCCCCUCAGGAACCCAUCCCCCAGGAACCCAUCCCCCAGGAACCCAUCACCCCAGGAACCCAUCCCCCAGGAACCCAUCCCCUCAGGAACCCAUCCCCCAGGAACCCAUCCCCCAGGAACCCAUCCCCUCAGGAACCCAUCCCCCAGGAACCCAUCCCCCAGGAACCCAUCCCAAGCAGAGAGGGCCAGGUGAUCCCGAGCAGCAAAUGUAUGUUAUAA